AUGGUUGCCGAAAGAAUGGCCGGAGAACCGGUCGACCCGUCGAUUCUCGGAAAACCACUAGAGCUAAAUUGCGGUCGAACAGUCCGAAAUCGUAUUAUGAAGGCGGCCCUCACCGAGCGGGUCAGCUCCUAUUGCCCAGAAAAUCCGAAGGAGAAUGGCCUCCCCUCCGAGACGAUCAUCAACAUGUACGGAAAGUGGGGCAACGGCGGUUUCGGCAUCAUUCUCACCGGCAAUGUUAUUGUCGACCCGCUUCACCUCGAAUCCCCGGGCAAUAUCAUCAUCUCCAGGGAGAAUGAUUCGCCAAAAUUGCGCGAGCUUUUGAAAAGAUACGCUGCCGCCUGUAAACAAGAUGGAGCAUUAGCCAUCGUACAACUAUCACAUGGUGGUCGUCAAACCUCUGAAAUCGUAAACCCGCACCCGCGGUCUGCUUCUGACGUUCAGUUGAUGGGGAAGCGACGGGGAUUUGGUUUUGGAAAGCCGACGCCUUAUACUGAGGAAGAGCUCCGAAAUGAUGUCAUCGAACGUUUUGCUUAUGCUGCGGAAGUUUGCCGUGAUGCAGGUUUUGAUGGCGUUGAGCUGCACGCCGCCCACGGUUACCUGCUCGCCCAAUUUCUAUCCCCGUCGACGAACAAACGGACGGAUAGAUAUGGCGGUAGUCCGGCAAAUCGGAUUCGGCUUGUUUUGGAGACGUACGCAGAGAUUAGAAAACGCAUCCCAGCAUCUACGAAAUUCAUCGUUGGCCUGAAGAUCAAUUCGAUCGAAUUUCAAGAAAAUGGGCUUGAAGUGGGCGAUGCGCGGGAAAUGUGCGAAUUGUUAGAGCAAAGCGGCGUGGAUUUUGUAGAAAUGUCGGGCGGCACCUACGAAAAGCUAGCUUUCGCGCACCUCCGCGAAUCAACAAAAGCCCGAGAGGCCUUUUUCUUGGACUUUACGGAUCAGAUUCGAUCCGUUUUCAAGAAGACGAAGAUGUUCGUCACCGGCGGUUUUCGAACGGUCAAGUGGAUGGUGAAGGUGAUCGAAGACGGGAAUUGCGAUGCGAUCGGCUUGGGGAGACCUAUCACCGCCGAGCCAGAUUUGCCAAAGAAGAUCCUUCAAUACGGCGUGGCUGCGGCGGCAGACAACAAGAUUGACCAGCAGGAUUUUUUGUUUACAAAUUUAGUGUCCAACACGCAAAUGUGGCAAGCCGGCAAGCGGCCAUUCUCGGAAUGUCAAAAAGUGACGGAUGAUAUCGUCGAUAUGACCGUCCAAGAAACUGCCGAUAGGUAUAAAAAGGAAGCACAGGAUUAUCUCGACCGUGCGGCGGAAUUGGGCAGUCGGGGCCAGCCAGUUGCCGGCGUCUUUGAAUACAGCAAU